AACAAAUUCAAAUUAAACAGCCUUUAGUACAAUUAAAGAUUUUGAAGUAAAUUGCGCCUAUGGUUCGGUUUUACGGUAGGACAUCUAUGGGUGGAACUCUGGAGGCUUCUGGAUUUGAUUGCUGUUAAAUUCUCUACGUCACUAGAAGGCGUGGAGACUCGGAGGUUUGAUUGACAGGAAUCGCGGGGAAGAGAAACUGCGGGUCCACGGCAGCUGUUGGGGGUUUGAAUUUCUAACCGGGACUUAUACAACUACUAGAAGGCAUUCGGGGGGCAUUGGCGCAAUAGCGCUGCCUAGCGCGAACACUGAAGAGCAUCAGAAUCUGGAGACAUGCAGUGCAGUGCUACUCUAAUUCUUUGCCAUAACAAAUGAAAACUGCUUAUCACGGGACUUUGCAAAAGGCUGCAGUGUUGAAGUGAAGAGAUACUGUAGGACUCUUCUACUGGUGGGUGUGCAUUUAGCUGCUUUCUGCUCUCUCCCACAUAUAUAAUCGAACGGUGAUGAAAGUGGUACAUCUGUGAGAUGAGUGUUUUUUCCCCCAAUGGGUUUGCUGCCAUUUAAUCAUUCAAACUUGUUAUUACAGUAGCAAUGCAGCAGGUGCUGGAUAACCUGAAUGAGCUGCCCACAACCACGGGGGCGAAGGAAAUAGACCUCAUUUUUCUCAGAGGCAUAAUGGAAAGCCCUAUCGUCAGAUCUCUUGCCAAGGCUCACGAAAGGCUAGAAGAUGUCAAACUGGAGGCGGUGCGUGACAAUAACAUGGAGCUUGUGACUGAAAUUCUGGAUGACAUCAUUCCUUUAACAAGUAAAGACGACAGCGCUGCAGAGCUGGCACGCAUCCUGAAAGAGCCCCACUUCCAGUCACUUUUGCAGGCCCACGACAUGGUUGCAUCGAAAUGUUAUGAAGCACCUCCUUCUAGUUCUGAAAUAAAUAAUGUGGCAGCUAACAACCAACAAGUAAUACCAGCUGAUUCUGUUCGAAUGAUCGGCAUUCGGAAAAAAGCAGGCGAGCCAUUGGGUGUGACGUUCCGAGUGGAGAACAGUGACCUGGUAAUCGCUCGAAUUCUUCAUGGAGGGAUGAUUGAUCGUCAGGGCCUGCUGCACGUGGGAGAUGUCAUUAAGGAGCUGAACGGACGUGGCGUGGGAAACAACCCCAAGGAGCUGCAAGAAAUGUUAAAAAACAGCAGUGGUGGGAUAACCCUGAACAUCCUGCCAAGCUACAAGGACUCUCCUGUACCUCAGCAUGUUUAUGUAAAGUCCCAAUUUGACUACAAUCCAGCCAUUGACAAUCUCAUUCCUUGCAAAGAAGCAGGACUGAAGUUUGCAAGAGGGGACAUUAUGCAAAUCAUGAACAGGGAAGACUGUAACUGGUGGCAGGCUUGUCAUGUUAGAGGAGGGACCACUGGACUCAUUCCAAGUCAGUUUCUUGAAGAAAAAAGGAAAGCAUUUGUCAGAAGAGACUGGGAUGACUCGGGAAUACUUUGUGGAGCAAUCAGUGGUAAAAAGAAAAAAAAGAUGAUGUAUCUUACAGCAAGAAAUGCAGAAUUUGAUCGCCACGAGCUCCAGAUCUAUGAAGAAGUAACCAGAAUGCCACCUUUUCAGAGGAAGACGUUGGUAUUGAUUGGAGCCCAGGGUGUGGGGCGAAGAAGUCUGAAGAACAGACUUACAGUAUUCAAUCCUACGAGAUUCGGAACGACAAUCCCAUUUACUUCUAGAAGACCAAGAGAUGAUGAAAGGGAUGGCCAGGCAUACAAGUUUGUGUCCCGGGUGGAAAUGGAAGCAGAUAUUAAAGCCAGCAGGUACUUGGAACAUGGAGAAUACGAAGGAAAUCUGUAUGGAACUAAAAUAGACUCCAUACAUGAAGUUGUUGAUACGGGAAGGACAUGCAUUCUGGAUGUGAACCCACAGGCACUGAAGGUUCUGAAGACGUCUGAAUUCAUGCCAUACGUCGUAUUCAUUGCUGCUCCAGAACUAGAGACACUACGAGCAAUGCACAAAGCUGUAGUGGAUGCUGGAAUUACAUCCAAGCUUCUGACGGACAUGGACUUGAAAAAGACAGUAGAUGAAAGCGCUCGGAUUAAGCGAGCGUACAACCAUUAUUUUGACCUGACCAUAGUAAAUGACAACCUUGACAAAGCCUUUGAAAAGCUACAAGCUGCUGUAGACAAACUGUGUACAGAACCACAGUGGGUUCCUGUCAGCUGGGUGUACUGAACACUAUUUUGACUUUUUAUAUACAAAUUGAAGGGAAAGUGUACUUAUAAUUUAUUUUAAUUUUAUAACUUUUUACAAAAGAUCUUUCUAUUCAUAUCAGCUUGAAAUAAGUUGACAACCAAACUGGAUUGGGGGUUUUGGUUUUGUACUACGCUUAAUUUCCUGGGGCCCAUCUGAAGCUUACAUUUGUAUUUUUAAUCUUGCACUAUGAAAGGAAAAGAAAAAAAAGGAGAAGAAAAAUACUUGAAUGUGUAUACAUUUCUAUUUAUUGAUAAAUCCAAGGUGGGCAUGAUCAUGUUUAUACCAAGGCUUGACACUACUAAAAAUGAAUAACAAUCAAUAAAAUUACGCAGUGGUUUAUCAACAGAAAUGUGUUUUCAUGCUAGCAAUACCACAGUAAUUGCAAUGCCACUUUUGUCUCCUAGUCAUUUUCUUUAUAUAACAAAGUAACUCUGAAAUGACUGUUUAGUCAUGUACUUUUACUGUUUUCUCAUCCUCUAGCUCAUCUGUCCUGUAAAGUGAAGUUUGUAAUAAUCCUGCCCUAAAGCUGCUUUGUAACUUGUUCCUGAAGUUACUUUUUAAAAGAUACAUCUGAGCAAUAUGGAACAUUGUAGAAAUGAAUAAGUAGUUUAACUGAAUUUCCAGACAUAUGAAAUUUAUAUACACAGGUGUGUAUUUGUGUGUGUGUGUGUAUAUACAGUAUGUGUGUAUAUGUGUGUGUAAUAUAUAUAU